GGAUGGGCCUGGUGUGAGGUGUUAGACAUGAACACAUUCUACUACUAUCACAUUCCUGCCAGUGAGCGCAGGCGGAUCGAGAGCUUGGAAACAUUUGAUGAAUACGAGGAACUCAACCUGAAAUAUUCCCACUAUUUCAUUCUGACAGCUUCUACUGUCUCUCUCAACCGUAGCCUCAUUGGUGAGGGCGUCUUUCCACCAGCAGUGAACUGUUAUCCGCCAAUAUCCAACAUCGUGUCAAUAAACCGGCUGGCGGAAAAUGCCCAGUCUGUGCGCAGGUUUGGUCAUGCCUCCAGUUUGGUACAAGGUCGGUAUGCAGUCAGUACCGGAGGCUUCGGAGAGAUUGAUGGACGACAUCAGAGGCUGACCGAGAUUACUGUCACUGACAUGCAGACAUUUCAGUCAUCUCAUAUCUUGUGCUGUCCGACAGACCUUCAGUGUUCUCGCAUGCACCACGCCUCAGUUUCACUCUCAGAUGGUGCCACAUUCCUGAUUGGUGGUCGACAGUCGCCAUACUUUAUGUGUAACCAGAUGUUGAAAAUUUGUCUCAACGUAGUGCCAGAGCAAGGUGACCUGACACAGAAGUUUGAAGAUAAACAUUGUUCGGACCACUCAGCAGACGACAACAAACAGAACCUACCACCAGGUGUUGCCAGCAAUGUCAGAGCAACUGGCCAGUCCACUGGAGGUUCACAUCAAUCCAGUACCUUGACAGAAUCAUCUGUGUCUUCACAAUCAACGACAGAUUUGACGAGAGAACUUGGAGACACACACCUUGAAAAGCCUGGCUGUGAUUCCAGAACUUGUGAUCAUGUUCAGAGUUCAUUUCCUUGUGAUUCUAACCUUGACCCUGAGUCUGCACAUCAGGAAAAUGGUUCAGAUAGUGACUUCUCUUGUUCAUUUCAUAUGGGAUGUGUGCAUAUUUCUGUUGUCAAUCAGAAGGGAGGUGUGCCAAGGGAAAGAUGGAGACAUGCAGCAACUGAUGUAGUAAUUAAUGGUCAAGAGAAGAUCUUCUUGCAUGGUGGCAAAACGAAAACUGGUGAAGUUCUUGGCGACAGUUAUCUCUUCGACCCUUUCAGCCAUGUUUGGGAGCAGCUGUCAUGUGUCGGUGACGUGCCAGGUGCCCUGCAUUCCCACUGUGUCAGUCACUGGAAUGGCCAGGUUGUCUUAACAGGAGGUCUCAAUGUUGCCAGUUUGCCAUCAGAAGAUGUGUUUUUGCUGAACUUGACCACAAAAAUCUGGGAGAAGCUGCCAAUCACUGGCAACUUCUAUGCAAGGUACUCACACACCAGCCAUCUGGUUCAUGAGGACAUUCUUCUGCUGGUUGGGGGUGUGAACCUGCACCAUCCACCUCCUGGUGUGGCUGUCAUCAAUCUGAGGACAAGAAAGGCUCUGGAGUUUGCCCUGCCUGAACAAGACAAGAGUAGCCUCCUCAUGUUCCAUCGGCAUACGUCGGUCAAGCUGGACGAGGACAAGAUUGUUGUGCUUGGAGGCGGUGGCAACUGUUUCUCGUUUGGGACCCACUUAAACCGAACACCUGUGGUUCUUGGCGUGGGAUCUUGUAUCGAUUCGGUUCGGUGA